GAAGGUUGUGAGUCUGCGCAGUGCGGCUCAGUGUGUUCGGUUACCAAGGAGAAAGCGGCGGAGCGACGGAGGGAGCGGAGUGUGAACAUAAACAGAGCGGCCGCACCGCGACCCUUCCCGGCCUCCCCCCCCCCCAAAAAAAAACACACACGCACACACACACACAGAGGGCACCCCAUCGCCCCGGCAUGAAGCAGCUUGGCAGAAGAUGGCAGAAUUGCAUUUGAGGAGAUUAUGAUUGUGCAUUAAAACCUUGGCCAAAAAAUGGAUUCUUUCAUAACCAAGAGAGACAUCUGGUGGCUGUUUAAAUAAGGACUGUAGCAACAAACCUUGUUAAAAGCGAAGACUUAUUGAACACGUAUUCUGAGUACUGAACUGUGGAUUGUAAUUGAGAGAAAAAUGAACCGAUACACAACCCUUAAACAGCUUGGCGAUGGCACUUAUGGCAGUGUUCUUAUGGGAAAGAGCAAUGAAUCUGGGGAACUGGUGGCAAUCAAGAGGAUGAAGAGGAAAUUCUACUCCUGGGAAGAAUGCAUGAAUUUGAGGGAAGUUAAGUCAUUGAAGAAGCUAAACCACGCAAAUGUUAUCAAGUUGAAAGAAGUUAUAAGGGAAAAUGACCAUCUUUACUUUGUUUUUGAAUACAUGAAAGAAAACCUGUAUCAGCUAAUGAAAGACAGAAACAAGUUGUUUCCCGAAUCAAUCAUUAGGAACAUAAUGUAUCAAAUAAUACAAGGGCUAGCUUUUAUCCAUAAGCACGGAUUUUUUCAUCGUGAUAUGAAGCCUGAAAACUUGCUCUGCAUGGGUCCUGAACUUGUUAAAAUAGCAGAUUUUGGCUUAGCCAGAGAGAUUAGAUCACGACCACCUUAUACGGACUAUGUAUCAACACGUUGGUAUCGUGCUCCUGAAGUGCUAUUGCGGUCGUCCAUCUAUAGUUCUCCAAUUGAUAUAUGGGCAGUGGGUUGUAUAAUGGCUGAGCUGUACACACUGAGACCACUUUUUCCAGGAACAAGUGAAGUGGAUGAAAUCUUCAAGAUUUGCCAAGUGCUGGGCACACCAAAGAAGAUCGAUUGGACAGAGGGUUACCAGCUGGCAGGUGCAAUGAACUUCCGCUUCCCCCAGUGUGUACCCACUAAUCUGAAGACAUUAAUUCCUAAUGCCAGUAAUGAAGCAACACAGGUAAUGAAAGACAUGCUUCAAUGGGAUCCCAAGAAAAGGCCAACUGCCACUCAGGCACUUCGAUAUUCUUACUUUCAAGUGGGCCAAGCUUUAGGCCCUCCAACACAGUGUUUACAGCAGCAGCCAUUACAGAAUAAACCAGUUCAGCGGGUGGAGCCCAAGGAAGUAACUUUACCCAAGUCUGAGCUUCAGGCUCAGCCUCAGUCUGCACCUCAAUCUCCACUUCAAACUCAGUCUCUGCCUCCACCGUCAUCUCAACCUCUGUCAAAAGGUAUCCAUCAGCCACUUCAACAGAUUCAACUGCCGCAGCAGAAUUCCACCCUCCAAGUCCCCCUGAAAGAGACUCAGAAAUUACAACAGGCCAUCCUUCCCUCCAUCAAUAACAAUGCUCUUGUGAAACUAGCAGAAGGGAAUGAGAACAAUAUUACUGGUUUCAAAAGUGGCCGACGGCGCUGGGGUCAGACAGUACUGAAAACAGUGGACAGUUGGGAUGAUUUUGAUGAUUCGGACUUUGGCGCAUCUUUCUCAAAAAAGCCCAGCAUGACAUCAGUGAAGGAAAUAACCAAUGAAGAUCUGCUGAAGAGUGUAGCAUCGCAAAGAUUGCAAAACCAGUAUGGCAGAGGAAACAAAACUGUUCCAAACACCACUCUAACCCGAUUGGAUUCUGGAUUAUCUACAUCUUCAGCAAGGCAACAUUAUUUGAGGCAGUCAAGGUACCUUCCUGGAGUAAAUCCCAAGAAUGUAUCAGUUGGUGGAACAAAUAAAGAUACUUUACAGAACUUGGGUAAUGCAACAGGUUACCUCAGCCGAGCCCUCGGGGAUGUUUGUGGAGAGCCUCCUAUUACCCAAGCUGAAGCAGGUGAAGAAAAAUCUGAAGUAAGCGAGAACAUUGCAGAAAAAUCACAGAUGUCCAGUUUUACAUCUCAAGCUAGUCAAGGAAAGAUAGGAGGAUUUAGUGGCUCAAAUUAUUACACGACUGGAGGGUAUAUUCCAUCCUUUCUUAAGAAGGAAGUUGGCUCAGCAGGACAAAGAGUUCAGCUUGCACCUAUUGGAGGGCCUACAUCUAAUUUGCUUCUCAGCAAUGAGGUUAAAACUGACAAACUCAAAUCAGCCAGGCUUAAAACAAUAAGCCAAAAGUCAACAGCUGAAGUUAACUCAGACUAUGAUGCUUGGAAAACCAAACCAACCCGAUCCCAGUUACCAGGGCCCAGCUAUAAUCCAGCUACCAAAAAUUCUGCUGGUCUCCUAGCUCGUCCACCACCCAUUCAAUCAGUGCAUGGAAGGACUGAUUGGGCAACUAAGUAUGGUGGCCAUAGAUAGCUGCCACUCUGUCAACAUCACGUGCCAUCAUACCUUACUGACUUCCUGUAAACCAGGAGCUGUUUUUCAGGUCUACAGUGUAUCCUGUGCUGAAUGGAAUACUACUGGACAAACUUAUCCCAAGUGGACACCUCCUAUAAUCUUCAAUGAGCUUCAUUUUACAAUCAACUCUUUUUCAAUGGCCUUAUUUCUGUUAACUAAUCACUAAUAAGAUUAUUUUCCGUUUUAAGGUCAGCUUUACCUUUGAUGAAACCAAGAUGGUGUUGUCAAGGUUCAAGAUAAAAUGGAGCUUGAUGUAAUGGAGCUCAUUUACAUUUUUGUCAUUUGUUUCUUCUUUUAGAAUGACUGAAGAUCUGUUUUUUUUCUAU